GCGUUUUUUGUGCGCUCGAAGGAGAGGAGGCCGAGGAUGCGUUUGAUGACAAGGCGGUGAACCAGCCGCAGUACAGUGGCUCCAUGGCAGUUGUGGUGGCUGAUAGUCCAACAACACCUUAGAAGUGCACCUUUCAAAGGCGCCACGCUUCUCUCUCUCUCUCUCUCUCUCUCUCUCUCUCCCGUGGUGCGCCGUAGCACGUCGACCCCUCCCAAAGUGGAGAAAGACACACACAGAGGCAUGCCUUUUUGGUGGAGUUCUCUAUAGGGAACAUGACAAGACACACACAAUACGCUCACCCAGAGAAGUACUGACAAGCCCACGGACCCAUACAAGUACGCACAUAGGGACAUAGAUAUCACUACACACACUCUCACACACACACACACACAAGUACGCACAUAGGGACAUAGAUAUCACUACACACACUCUCUCUCACACACACACACACACACACACACACACACACACACACACACACAGAGAGAGAGAGAGAGAGAGAGAGAGAGAGAGAGAGAGAGAGAGAGAGAGAAUGCCGCGGAGAGGGCCAGGAAUCGCUGAGCUGGAGAAGAUGUUGAUGAUAGAGAGAGAGAAUAGGGCGAUGGAGGCGCACGACGCGAAUCUGCAUGGUCUGCAGCACCGGACAGGAAUAGGAUUGGGGCUUGGCAUGGGUGGAGUCCGGGUCUCAGCAGCGGAGGGGCGGGUGGGAGUCGGACUCGUCGGUGGAGUAGGUGGAGGAGGAGGAGGAGGAGGAGGAGGAGGUAAUGCAGUAGGUGGUAGUGCUAACGUCCUUCGUCUGACCAGCUUCCAGGUGACGAAAUCUCUCAGUCGUGGCAUAGAUCACACUCCUCCUCCUCCUCGUCCUAGCUCUCCGAAGCUGAAGCCGAGUUCUCAUAAUCACUUCCACUACCCUCCUCACCCUUUCUUGCCCGGUCCUUCCCUUUCCCGCGUUUCUGCUCUCCUCCCCUCCGCCCAUCCCGCCAUGCCAUCGGGGCUAGAAAGGAGGGCGGAGAAAGAGGACCCCCCCUGCUCCCCUCGCCCUUCCGCUGAGGGCGAUGGGCGCAAAGAAGGUGGCGGAGGUGUAGUAGACAUGAACCGUGAUCUUGGCCAUCAUUCCUGGCGCGGUCUGCCUAGCGACUGGCAGCUCUCUCUGUCUUCCCCUACCGGCCCUUGCAGCCAUAACAUGGGCAGCCGGUUUCCUUUUCAGGAAGGAGAGUGUGGGGGCUCUUGCAUAACCACCACCUCCUCCACGUCACCACCUUUGAGGGAACUGGAUCUGUUCCCCUUGUGCGCGGGAAUCAAGGGGAGGUCGGUAUCGGCGUCACGAGAGCCAGGCGGCGGAGGUGGGGGUUCUUCGCAAGCGCAAUCGAAGCGCGGGGGCGAUGGCGAUGGCGACGGCGGCGGCGACGGCGGCGGCGGGGGGGAGGAUCAUUACUUCCGCGCGCCGGUUGCCUCUUCUCGUCGAGGAGGUGGCGGGGGAGAACUGACGUCAAUGGCCGGAAGCGGGGGGAGAUGGGAGGAGGCACCUGCCGCAUGGCGACUGGAGAGAGGAGGGGAGAAAGCCGGCGGAGGAGGGGGGGGGUUCUGCAGUGAUCGCCCAUCUCUUCGGAACCAUCUGACGGUCCCAACGCACAAGACAGUGGGCUUCGCGGAGGGGUCUCCGCUGGGAAUGGCAGCGGAAGGGAGGCUGGAGAAACUAGAGAGAGAGAGGGAGAUAGAAGAGGUGAGGUGGCGGGCGCUUGCGGGGGGGGCGGCGGAGAGGAAACAGAAGCGGGGGGAGGAGGGGGGGGAUAGGAAGGCGGGGAAUGACGCAGCAGGAAGAAUGACAGAUUGUAAAGAGGUGGGGAGGGAGGGUGGCCAGGCACAGCAGCAACAGCAGCAGCAGCAACAGCAGCAGCAGCAGCAGCUGUUUCAGCUACUCCAGAGAGAGAGUGGGGGGGGGGAGGCAGCCCGGCGCCAGGAGCGGUCCAGACAUGCGGCGGAGAUGGGGAGAUUGUCGGGAUCCUCGCUAGCGAGAGAGUUGGCGGGCUUCAAAGCGAUCGAGGGAGCCGGGACGCCCAGGUCAGGCCCGAGCUCUUCGGACACGCAGCCAAUUUUAAACAGCCACCUGAGGAGGAGCACCUCGGAGAGUGCUGUCACGACUGGAGUGAGCAGGGAAGGCUUGGCGCAUGGAGACUGGCAGGAGCCGCAGAACCUAUGCAGCUUAGCGCAGUGUUUGAGAUCGGCUGCAGACAGCAAUGACUCGGAAAGUAUUAGUUGGGGUGGAGAAGCUGGCAGCAGUGGUGGCAGCGGUAGCGGCAGCCUCAAGCGGCGGCUGAUGGAAGAUGUGCUGGCAGAGAAUCAUGUGUUCAAAGGCGCACGACCUGCAACGUAUACCCGGGGUCCUCUCCGAGGCCUUGACCUGCGCUCAUCUCCUUCGAUAUCAUUUCCGAAGAAUGCGAAACUGCGGUGUUUGCCGGAGAAGCCGGAUGCAAUAGUUUUUCAUCAACCGGCAGAUCAGCCGGCUUGGAAGGAUCGACUGGCAGCAGAUGGAAGCCAGCUCAGGAGUUGGCCCCAGGUUGGACCUACCGACUCUGCUCUAUACUCUCAGAGUUUGAUGAUGGGCGAGGCAGGGGAUGUCGUACGGAUUGCCGGAGGUGGAGCUGCUGUGAAUAGAGCGGAGAACGGUGGAGGAGAUGAAGGCACAUGGGGGUCGUCGCCCGAUCAACCGGAGCAUUCUCUCUCUCUGUCAAUGAGAGACAGUUGGCAUGGGUAUUCCAGUAGUCAGGAGCCGGGAUGCCCACAGCUGACGUCGUCGAGCGUAGGAAACAGUAGCAACAGCCCAACGAGCAGCAACGCGCGGGCAGGUAGAAGUGCCAUAUCGCUUGCCUCCGCUGGAAGCACUGUGGGAGCAGCUGAUGAAGCCAUGGACGAUGGGUGGUUGCAAGCAGUGAAUCUUGUCAGGAACAUGAUAGAAUACUUCGGCGAAGAUGGAGUUCGUCAAAUUGCGCGCAUUAUACGAGAGCAGGAAGCUACCUACAGGCAGCAGGUGCGAGCACUUCAUGAAGCCCUGCAGGUACAGCAUCAUCUUGCAGCAGAGGCGCGCUUAGGGAAGGUAUCGAGAGCUCUGGAUUGUAGAUGGUUUGAUGAUGGAGAUUUAGAGUUUGACAUGCAAGGCCAUGUCAUUGAUCAGGUAUUGCUUCGCAUGCUGUGUUUGAGUUCUGUCGGGGACUGCCAUCUCUCCACAGCAUGUUGUUUCUUGUCUGAAGAAGGUGUAAUCUUAGCGCAAUUGCUCAAAGCUUGGCUUCUGGCUUGGAAUCAGUUUCAGGUUGCUUGACUUGCACAUGUGCUACUUCACAGUGACUCGUUACUAUCAUGAAUUUUACGGGGGGUUAGAAGUCGUGUGCAACGCCGGGCCAUCCUGUUUGUUAUUUUCAUUCAGGCUUUUCUUGCCACUUUUUUUGGUCAAAUAUCGGGCCUGAGGCUUCAGACGUGCCCGGGUUACGUGCUGUUAGCUGAUGCCACAGAAUUGCUUUUCAUCUUUGCCCAAUGAAUGGCAACUGCCUUGGUGACUAGGUUCAUUCAAUAAGGGUGAUGAAGGGGGGUCGUUAUGCCGGCCGGUCUGGGUGUUUCUGGCUCCUUGCUGUAUGACUCAUCCACGAGGCUGUGAUGGCGCGUGUCCUUUUCGUCAAGGUGCUAGCGCUCCACAGUUAUUUGUCGACGUUACCUCCUUUGAAGCAGAAAAGGGGUUAGGACUCGGGAGGUAGAGUAGGAGGGUUGGUCUUGUGCCAGUUCCUCGGUAGGGUGCAGGACACGGAAGGCAUGUACGAAAACCUGAUUUGGGUUUCACACGAUGCUGCUAGGCAUAGAGCGUCUGCAUCACAUGCGAGUAACCAUUGGAUGCCAGCAAAGACAUCCCUUGAGGAACGGCCGAGAGGGCGUACGUUCCCCCUCGGUUGAGCGUAUCAAGGGAUGGGAUCAGGGAGAGCUACAGGAUACUGACUUGCCAACCACUUCAUUCCACCGAACAUAGCACGGGUGAUUAUAGCAGCUGUACGCUGUGUCAUUCUUCCACACCUGGUAGGGCUAUACAGUGACCCCUCACUGCCUCCAGGCCUGGCGUGGAGUAUUUGCUGGUAUCAGAUAGCUCUGUUUGAACAAGCAGAUAGGAGGAAACUCUGGUGGAGGCUCGCAGUGAUACCGAUGUGCAAGUCGUUGGUCCGACUUGGGUGUAGGGGCGAUAGACUAGGCAGGCAUCGUAUACCCGGAGGAGCGCAGCGGAACGAGAACCCACCCGCCAUGCAUAUUUCUCCCAGUUUUCCGGGAUCGUGGUGUGGUGGGCCUGAAGCUUGGCCAAAGCUUCCAGGAUCAUUGUGGGCCUAAAGCUUGGCCAAUAGCUCUCUCUAUGGUAGCUUAAGAAGCCAACACUGGACAUGUGCUAGUACUUAGUGCUCCUGCAGCAAAAGAACUGAGUGCGAGCGCAGCCCACCGUCAAAGGGUUUGAGAGGCUGAUUUGUUUUUCGUGAAGCUGUUUGUAUAACUUUGUAAUGAGAUCGGCUUUUCCGUCGAUUGUUUAUCUCCAUUCGAAACCACGAGGUAGAGCAGCAGGGCUAAUAAGGGAUCUGGAUGCCAGGGUAUACUACCGUGAGCUAAUGCCUGGAGGAGGACUGGGAGCAUCUGCUAUAUUGUGCAGGUACGCAAUCAGGUGGUGGCUUGGAUGCGUGAAUGUGGUGGUCCCGGACAUGGUGUCCUGACGUAGAAUGUGUGUACCAAUGAUGACAUUGGUCGGUAGAAUUGUAACAUUACUUAGCUACACGUAUGAUAUGUGCUAUGAUAUGUGCAUACGAACGGACAUUGAUAGGUGGAAUUAUAACACCAUUCCAUGAUGACAAGUAAUGAUGCUACCACCACACGUCUUCCCUUUUCUGCGGAAGAUGAGAUGAAGAGGCUUAGAGGUAGCGUUCUGUACAGCAAUACUUUUGAAUGGGGAAGCUGUGUUUAUCGAUCGCUGAUGGCCGAGAGGCUUGUGUUAUGGGGGACAUAAGCACCUAGUGUGGUGAUCCCCCACACUGUUUGGUGUGACGGCAACGCGAAGGUCACAAAUGGCUGUGGGGGAUAGCGCUUUCUCGGAGACCUUCCCCUCCAGUUAGUUUGGAGCAUGAUCGUUGUGUUUUGCAUUUCAGCAGCACCAUGCAAUGAACCAUUGGAUGCCGAUAGUGACAUCUAUUGACAUCUAUUGACAUCUAUUGACAUCUUUUGACAUCUAUUGACAUCUUUUGACAUCUAUUGACAUCUAUUGACAUCUCUUGACGAAGGCGGAGGAGAGGGCGUACUUUCCUCUUUGUUGAGCAUAUCAAGUGACGGGGCCAUGAAUGCAGAGGAGAGGGCGUACGUCUCUCUUUGUCGAGCAUAUCAAGUGAUGGGACCAGGGAGAGCUUCAGGCUAGUGACUUGCCAAGCCAUUGCUAGAAGGGGGAGGAGGGAGGAGGGAGGAGGAGGGGAGGGGGGGUAAUAACUGGGAACCUUGUCAUAACCAGGGGUACACAUAGCUUUGCGAGCGCAAGGUUAUUGGGAUGGUGAUGGCAGCCUCAUAGUAACGAGACGCUUCUGGCGACGACAGCAAGGCGAAGGUUGCAAAAGGCCUAAGUUGGAAUUGGGCUUUAUCGGAGUGCUUUGCAUGACUGCAGCAAGGAGGUUAUUGGGUUGUUGGUGGAGCUAGAACUCGGAAGCAUGUCAGCUUCCAGAGUUACGUACUAUGUCCAGUAAGGUGCGGGUUUGUGUGUAGAGGCUGGAAGAAUCUGGUUGUGAUUCUGGUAGAAUGCGAGGCGAAUGAUGCUAAAAAUUUGAAAGCGUAUGCUCCGCCCGUGGACUGACCACGGGGGCAUGGUCGCUGUGAAUUUACCAGAGACCUGCUGUGAAGGCACUUGUGUCACCUUGUGCUCUAUAUUGGGUGGAAGAUGAGAGGGGCACCAUACUUGAGGGUUGUUAGGGUAUUUCACCUUCAGGGGUGCAUGCCGAUGAUGCCGUGACCGAACCAGACUUCCCAGAAGUUGCGACUUCGGGAUCACUUGUAUAGCAGAUCUGUUGGGAGUAUAGCAGAUCUGGCGGGAGUAGCUAAGAAGAGUAUAGCUAGAAGAGACGACAUUUCUCACGAAGCUGUGAUUGCUGCUAUUGACUAUCCGAUGGGAAUGCAAGGGGGGCACUUGUAGUCUAGUGCGGUAUGUGACAUUGCGUCUGCUGUCCGUAGGAUCCUACAUGCGGUUCGAGUCUCCCACUUGUUCACACCCCAAUUGUCUGAAUCAGAAAAGGGCGCAGCAAUAGUUAAGCUUGGAUCAUGUCAAGCCGAUUUGUCAUGCGAGUAAGAUCGGUGGGAGUUCUAAGGUGCUGGAAAGGCAAGGCUACUUACCAGCAAGGAAAGAAGCAACCCCCUGCUGCCCCCCCCCCCCACCCCCCUCCCCCCCCGGUUCUUUCUCUUCCACACACACACACGUGGGUUCUGAGAUUGCCAAGUUACGGUGAUCACUAGGCACUAGGGUACUGCAAUUGUUAGGUGCCUCCUCCAUACACACACAAGGUAGGAUAGGGAGCUCCCUCCACACAACCACAAGGGUGAGGUAGGUACCUCCUCAACACACAACACAAGGGUUCUGAGAUUGUCAGGUCACGUUGGUAACCACGGUCUUCACCCGAAUCGGUCAUUAUAGCUGUACGUACUUGGGCCAACUUUCACACCAGAUGCGGCGAUAAAGACCGGGCGUUUUAUUCGGGUGAAGACGGUUGACUUCCCCUGAACACAACGCACGCUGAUAAUGAAUGUAUACACGCCAUCUUUCCGGUCGGGUGCAAGCCAAAAUGAGGGUGCGUUGUGUUGGGGGGAAGAUGGUAGCUUCCUGACGAAGGUCUGCCGACAUGGUUCACUGCUUCUCUCUCUAGUCUUGAUAAUUUGCGCAUCAGAGAGUGGAGCUUGCAGGCAAUUGUCUUUCGGGUUGUGCUCGCGCUGCGUCGUGUAUAUCUCAAGAGUUUCUCUUUUGCUUUUCCUCUUGGUUCUUGAUAUACGUCGGUGAACAGAAAGGCUGCCAACUGCUGAGGUGGCCGCCGUCAUACAGGAGACGGGGGAGGGGACAGAGGAAAGAAGUUAGCUGGUGGGGCGUGAAGGCCUCAAAUGCGGGGAAGGGGGCGGGGGGGGGCUGGGGGUGAGGGGGUGGAGGGAUGCAGGGCUGAGGGGAUUUUGGAAAUGAGAGUGAAUCUUGUGUUUUUAAGGCAGGGGUGGGUGUACGUAUGCUUGAUUCUUGAUGACUUUGUUGAACAAGUAGUUGGCAAUAAAAGGUUUUGGGAGUGAUGCGUCACACCCCAUAAAGUCUCUGAGGAUCCCAGACAGCUCGGCGGUCGCUGGCUAGGGCGAGCGGCCGUACAGACUGACGGGUAGGAACGAAUGUAAGGAACGUGGAGAUGGAGGCAUCAGAGGCAGGGGAGCAAUUUUUAGCUGAAUUUAGUCCAAUUACAGGAAUGCAACUGAAGUGCAAACUGGGGUUCAUUUACGAUGCCCCUUAUCAGAGAUGAAGAAUCAGAUAGCUCAAGAUCAGCAGGACAGCGCGAUGUAUAGAGUAUGGAAGUGGUCCUCGCCGCAUGGCAGGCUCUGACAGGAGUGUGCGCACACAACGGAAAGAGGGAGGAAAGAGAGGGAGAGGGUUGUGAAGAGACGUGGCGGGGUGUGUGUUAGUAGUGGGCAAUAUCUUCUGUUCGCUAAGGGGAGGUCGUUCCCUUGCUUCAUGGUUUUACCUUUUGCAGGCUUUGCUUGUGUUUUUUUUCUUGAAGUUUUUUUGCCGUUCUUUUCUUCUUCGCUGCAUUCGCUUUGCCCUGCCCAGAGAAGGUGGGGGGGGGGGGRGGGGACCCUGGAAUAAGACAUGGCUUCACUUGGGCGGAAGCUUUCCAGCUUUGAAAGUCACCAAGGAAAAUUUUUUCGUUCUUUAAUUUGUGCAAUUUGUGAAAGCCGCAUGGCUGCGCAUUUUAUGACCUUUGUGUUUCACAAGAAUCCCACUAAUGAACUGUUCGGCACACA